AUGGAAGUUGGUCACGUUACUCCAAAUCCACAAUUCCACAAUCCACCUCCACCGCAGUACCGCACCGAUUUCCAUCCACUUUCAUUCUAAUUACGCGGAAACGUGGUGUCACGCGUGAAAAUGGCUAUGCAUAUACCAAAAGCGCCUGGCGUGGCGCAGAUGCUCAAGGAUGGAGCCCGCUACUUUUCUGGUCUGGAAGAAGCAGUUUACAGGAACAUUACAGCUUGCAAACAAUUUGCUGAUACUGUAAGAAGUGCAUAUGGCCCUAAUGGCAUGAAUAAAAUGGUUAUUAAUCAUAUUGAGAAGCUGUUUGUAACUAAUGACGCAGUGACAAUCGUCAAUGAGUUAGAAGUGGAGCAUCCAGCUGCCAAGUUAUUAGUCUUAGCAUCAAAAAUGCAAGAAGCCGAAGUAGGAGAUGGAACAAACUUUGUUAUCAUCUUUGCUGGAGAAUUGCUUCAUGCGGCAGAAGGAUUGCUUCGUCUGGGUAUUACAACUUCAGAGAUUAUUGAAGGUUACGAGAAUGUCUUGAAUAAAGCACUCGAAAUAUUACCAACUCUAAUUGUUUACGAAGUAAAAGAUAUACGAGAUGAGGAACAAGUAAAGAAGGGAAUUAAAAGCACUAUCAUGAGCAAGCAAUAUGGAAACGAGGAUAUCCUUGCUUCUCUUGUCACUAAGGCUUGCAUCUCUAUUUUACCAGAGAAGACAACAUUUAACGUUGAUAACGUACGAGUUUGCAAGAUACUUGGGGGUGGUUUAAGCAAUUCCCAAGUGAUGCAAGGCAUGGUAUUCAAGCGUCAAGUGGAAGGAGAUAUCACGAAGAAGAAAACUGGAGCAAAGAUUGCAGUUUACACUUGCGCUGUAGAUGUCAUUCAGACCGAGACCAAAGGUACAGUGCUGAUUAAAACAGCCGAUGAGCUAUUGAAAUUUUCGCGUGGUGAGGAAGCAAUGUUAGAAAAUCAGAUCAAGGCAAUUGCUGAUAGCGGUGCUACAGUGGUUGUGUCUGGUGGAAAAUUCGGCAACAUGGCCCUGCACUAUAUGAACAAAUACAAUCUGAUGGCUGUUCGUAUCCCGAGCAAAUUUGACAUUAGGCGGCUUUGCAAGACCGUCGGUGCCACUGCGUUCUCAAAGCUGGUACCUCCAUCGAAAGAAGAGCUAGGAUAUGCCGAUUCGGUAUAUAUAGACGAACUGGGAGAAACUAUAGUGGUAGUGUUUGAAUUGGAGGGAAAAGAUAGCCGCGUCAGCACCGUGCUUGUGCGUGGUUCGACUGAAAAUUAUAUGGACGAUAUCGAGCGUGCAAUUGAUGAUGGUGUCAAUACUUUCAAAGGCAUUACGAAAGAUGGUAGAUUCGUUCCUGGCGCAGGUGCUACAGAGAUCGAGCUUGCCGCACAGCUGGCGGCGUAUGCAGAUACGCUACCCGGUCUCGAGCAGUAUGCCGCACGCAAAUUUGCCACUGCCUUAGAGAUAUUCCCGAAAACGUUGGCCGAGAGCAGCGGUGUACGCUCGUCCGAGCUUGUAUCAAAAUUGUAUGCAGCGCACAAGGAGGGAAAGAAGAACUAUGGUUUUGAUAUCGAUAGUGAGAGCGUAGCUUUGAUCGAUACCAUCGAAGCCGGAAUCUUGGAUUUGUAUCUGACGAAGCAAUGGGCGAUCAAGUACGCGGUCGGUGCGGCGUGUGCGGUUCUCAAAGUAGAUCAAAUCAUUAUGGCAAAACGAGCGGGUGGCCCGAAAGUUCCAUCGGGAGGCGUUCGUGACGAAGACGAGUAAUAGUGAACAAAUCGACAACAUAAUUGCACACUUUCACACAUCUUAUUAACGCAUUAGUUUCUGAGUUUCUGAGAAUGUCAUU